AUGAACGAGGAAUCGAUGUCCACAAAAUCAGAUGACGGGGCAGACCCUGGAUACUACGUUCCAAAAAAUAUUUUGAACCCAGCCAUGUUUAGGUGAGUUCAAGACUAUCUAAAAUUUCGAACUAUUUGUUAAAGAUUGGAGGAAAUAACCAAAGCUCUUUGUGAAGCCAACGUCCAUCAGCACUGCAAAGGCUCCGAAGAAGGCUGCAUCACAAUCGCACUACUCGAAGAACCACCAUUAUCAAUGACGGAAGAAAGAAAACCCAUAAGCUUCAGUUGGGUUCCAGAUAAGUACGAUAAAGCUUUGAUAAUCGCGAUAAUUGGGUGCUUGGCCUUGUUCUUGAUACUUUUGAUGUUUGCAACAGAUUGA